AUGAGGCAUAGGAAAUUGAAAUUUGUUGUUGGUGACAAGGUUUUCUUGAAAGUGUCACCUAUGAAGGGGGUAAUGCAUUUUGGCAGAAAGGGCAAGCUUAGUCCUCGCUAUAUUGGUCCUUAUGAGAUUACAAAAAGGGUUGGGAAGGUAGCUUAUGAGUUGAGAUUACCGACUGAGAUGUCCAUGGUUCAUUCGGUGUUUCAUAUUUUGAUGUUGAGAUUGUACAAACCUGAUCCUUCCCAUGUGUUUCACCAUGAAUAUAUUGAAAUUGAUGAAGCUCUUUCUUACGAAGAAGAAUCAGUUCAGAUUUUAGAUCACCAAGUUAGAAGGUUGAGAACAAAAGAUGUUGCAUCGGUUAAAGUCUUAUGGCGAAAUCAAAAUACUGAGAAAGGUACUUGGGAAGCAGAGAAGGACAUGAAGAAGAGAUAUCCUCACUUGUUUCCUAUGGCAG